UAUAAAUCGAAUUAUUCCAUUCAACUGCUUGGAGUGAACGAUGGCUGCGUUGGCCUGUACGAGUCUUUCUGCUUCCAUUAUAGUUUAUAAUCCUAAUUUCCCAUGGUGGAACAAUUAAAUUGAAGAUGCUACUUCUUGUUAAUAAUGCUGCUCUACAAAGCUUCUUUCAUCAUAUGUGCUACAGUGCUGGGCCGCACGACAUCAGGGAGGCAUCGGCGCUAAUAGAGAAGAGGCCAGGAUCACUGCUGCAGCUCUUUACACCAGUAAUGGAAUACUGUCGACUAUACCCGAGUUAUGCUAACGGAUGGCGUGGCGCUGCACGACUCCGACUACAUCAACGCCAGCUUCAUUCCUAACAUCAGGUCUCCGCACCUGACGUUCAUCGCGGCACAGAGCCCCACUGAGAGGACUACCGUCGCCUUCUGGCAGAUGACCUGGCAGCAGAGCGUCAACCAGAUCAUCAUGAUCACUGAAUGUUACGACGGACAUAAGGAAUUAUGUGCUCCCUACUUUCCUACUUCAUAUAAUCCCGAAAUGCGAUAUCCCCCCUUCACUAUACGACUUGUUCAAGAGGAACAACGCGUGGAGCAAGUGUGGGUGGAGAGAAGCUUGGCCAUCACAUACGAAUCAUCCACACGACUGUUGAAGCAUUUCCAGUUCAUCAACUGGCCCCCGAAUCGCAGACAGGUUUUAGGGCGUCCUGGAGAAAUGCUGGUGCUGCAAUACGAGGGACAGACUCUACUGCAGCCCAACGGACAGUUCAUGCCAGCCAGUGGACAUAUCAUAUCGCAGUCUGAAGGACAGUGCUUGUCGUCUGUUGGAAGAAAGAGUCAGGUUUUCAACGAUCAACAGCUGCCAUCUGUUGAGGAAUUCUGUUGUUUUUUGCACGCUGUCAGAAAGGAUGUCAACACAGAUCGCAACACCACAGUUGUACACUGCGACACGGGCUCGGGUCGCACAGGCGUGUUCCUGGCCCUGUGGAGCGUUCAGUUGACGGCCGAACAUUACGCGUCGGAGAUCAACCUGGUCAAAAUAUUGCGGGAAAUUAGGAAGUGUCGGGCAGACAUGGUCCAGGACGAG